CCCUGUUUCCACCACUAUCUUCCAACCCAUAUCACUAUUUUCCAACCCAGUGUUACAGAUAGUGGAAAGGAAUAUGGUCACCCUCACGGGGGUUCCUUUUGGCUACUUUCUAGAUAGACAUCACGGCCUGUCGCAACAAUGCCGUCCAAGGUCACACCGACAAACCUGUCCCCAGUGGUCUCGAUAAUGGCCUGGUUACUUAUGGUGAUCUCUGCCUUGGCCGUGUUCACGCGCGUGGGAAUCAAAUACGUAAUCAGCCGCCAGUUGUCGCUGGAUGAUGGACUGAUUCUGGUGUCACUGCUGUUCUGCAUUCUCCAGUCAGUAUGCGUUGCAAAUGAAGCCAGUAAUGGUUUUGGAAUGCAGCGGAGUCUGAUUCCGGAUAGCCAUUUGGAGCCGUUGCUCAAGUCCAACUACGCCGCAGACAUGUUGUAUAUUUGCAGCAUCACGUUCGCCAAACUCAGCACCCUCGCCUUCAUAACCUUUCUCAUGCAACGGACGCGCAAAAUCGAAUGGGGUAUAAUAGGGAUAACUGUGAUUUGGGCUAUCACCGCGGAGUUUGCCGUUGCAUUCCAAUGCCAUCUGCCGCAGCCCUGGGACUGGCUCGAGGGUCGUUGUUUUGAUCGGAACGCCUGGUGGAAUUACUUUGAUAUCAGCAAUCUUUUCCUCGAAUUAAUCAUCAUCAUCUUUCCCUCGCUGCUCAUGCUACAGACUCAAAUGCACUGGAAAAAAAAGGUCAUAGUUCUCACAUGUUUUCUGACGCGAUUGGCAGUUAUCAUUUCCAUUGUCAUUGGACUAGUUUACCGUGAUAGAGUCUCUACCGAAGCAGAUCCAACGCUCGCGCCAUGGAGCGUUGCCGUAUGCAUGCAGAUUACCCAAUGCGCUGACAUUGUGGUCGCGUGCGUCCCCCAGCUGAAACCAUUUCUGAAAGGGUUGGAAUCGAGCGGCCUCCGACUCUACAAAUUGCAGGGGGAAAAUUCAAUACGCGCGGGCUACUACCAGAGCCACGGCAGCAGAGGCAAAUCCGUGGGGCAAGAGUUAAGUGGUCUCCGCGGAGUGAGCAAUCAGACGACCGUGACGGCGCACUCCCCGGGGUGGCAGGAUCAAUGGAACGAUGGCCAGAGCCACACGAGCCAGAGCCACAUCAUUCGCGAGACUCGAGAGUGGGUGGUGGAAGAGGAGCCGGUGCGAACCGACGAUUCCCUUGCUAGCUCGACCAGCUAGAGGCGCUAAAUGCUAGUCACUGUGAGCUAGUCCUGUAGUAAAAGUGGCCCCGGC